AUGGUGAACAUCACAGAAAAGAUCAAGGAGAUUGAAGAUGAGAUGAAGCGGACGCAGAAGAACAAGGCGACAGAAUAUCACUUGGGUCUAUUGAAAGGAAAACUCGCUCGUCUACGAGCCCAACUCCUCGAACCAGCAGCCGGUGCUGGCUCCGGUGGUGGCGCCGGUUUCGACGUCAGCAAGAGCGGCGAUGCGCGUGUAGCGCUGGUCGGAUUCCCAUCCGUCGGAAAGUCUACUUUCCUCUCUAAGAUCACGAAAACCAAGAGUGAGGCUGCUUCGUACAGCUUCACCACGCUGACAGCUAUUCCCGGUGUUCUGGAGUAUGGGGGUGCCGAGAUCCAGAUUCUGGAUUUGCCUGGUAUUAUCGAGGGCGCCUCGGAGGGAAAGGGCCGUGGUCGUCAGGUUAUUUCUGCUGCGAAGACCAGUGACUUGAUUCUUAUGGUGCUUGAUGCUACGAAGCGUGCUGAGCAGCGUGCACUUCUGGAGGCCGAAUUGGAUGCUGUGGGCAUUCGAUUGAACAAGGAACCCCCAAACAUCUAUCUCAAGGUCAAAAAGGCCGGUGGCAUGAAGAUCACCUUCCAGACACCACCUAAGAUCCUAGAUGAGAAGAUCCUCUACAAUGUCCUUCGCGACUACAAGAUGCUCAACUGCGAGGUGUUGGUGCGAGAUGAGAACGCCACGAUCGACGACUUCAUCGACGUGAUCAUGAAAGAUCACCGCAAGUAUAUCCGCUGCCUGUACGUCUACAACAAGAUCGACAGCGUCAGCCUCGAAUUCCUGGACCAACUGGCCCGUGAACCUCACACAGCCGUCAUGUCUUGCGAGCUCGAUCUCGGAGUGCAGGAGGUGGUUGAACGUAUUUGGAAGGAACUGCGCCUGAUGCGUCUUUACACCAAGCGAAAGGGAGAAGAGCCUGAUUUCAGCGAGGCGCUUAUUGUGCGUCGUGACUCGAGCAUCGAGGAUGUUUGUGACCAGAUUCAUCGCACGCUGAAGGAAACGUUCAAGUAUGCUAUGGUGUGGGGUGCGAGCGCGAGACAUGUCCCGCAGCGAGUAGGGUUGGGGCAUAUGGUUGCGGAUGAGGAUGUUGUGUCUAUAGUUGCGAAAUAG